AAAAAAUGUUACUGCCUACUAUAGUGGGUUUGCUAUAGAAAAUGAAGAUGCACAAUAUACACUCAGUAUGCUUGGUGCGUACACAGGAGAUGCAGGAGACUCACUAAGAAAACAUGUCGAUAUGAAAUUUUCAACUACUGAUGUUGACAAUGAUAAUGAUAUUACGAAAGAUUGUGCUGUUAUAUAUCAGAGUGGAUGGUGGUUUAAUAAGUGCAUCGAAAGCAAUUUAAAUGGUGUUUAUGAUGAAGAAACGAAAGGUAUUGUUUGGAAUAAAUGGCAUGGCUUUUCUAGUUUAUACAAAUCUGUGAAUAUGGCUAUACGUCCCGUAAGAACUUAAAUAAUUGGGAAAA